AUGUCUCAAAUUCUUAACGAGCAACUAUCUCAACAAAAUUAUUAUUAUGAAGGACAACUUCGACAUCCCGUUCAGCAACUUCAGCAACAACUCCAACAGCAAGAUUCCAAUCAGCAACUUCAGCAUCAUGUACAAUCAAAUCUUCAACAGCAACAGACUCAAAAUUUUAGUCAACAACAGCAAAUUUAUGCACACCAACAAUUUCAACAAAUUAAUGAUCAAGGAAUUAUUAAGAUUAGAAGCAGCGGUAAUUUUCAUGGUAAUUGCCCUCAAUGUAAUAAACCUCGGACUGACCUGAAUUUUUGUAUUAAUUGCCAACGUAAUUAUCACAUUGAAAAUUUUGAUAGGUGGUCGAGUGGUUGCUUCGGUGAAAUCCAUUCUGCGUACUGGUCGAGUGAUCCUUUGUCUAUGUGGGAUCGUGAUUUAGAGUACUAUAAUAGACAUGGCCCAACUAAAGUUGCUAUCAAAAAAAUUGAUAAUUCGCAAGAGCUCAGUCAAGAAUUUGUAAACAAAUACUAUGAAGACGGAAAUAUUUAUAAAUUCCUUAACAAAUCAGAAGGACUAUUGUGUUGGCGGGAUAUAGUUGAGAUCAUUUGGUUGAUCGCUGGUGGAUUGAAAUGCAUACAUCGAGAAAAAUUAUGGUGGAAAUAUAUUGAUUGA